AUGUCAAAACGAAAAGGAACUAUGCCAACAAUAAAUAAACGAGAGAAGAAAACUAGUGAAUCAGACAAUAAUACGAGUGAAAAAGAAGAUCAUUUUGAAAACGAAGAAGAAGAACAAAAGAAUGAAUUAGCUGAAAAAGUAACUAAUACAAAAACAAAUACAACUAUAAUCGAUUAUUUUACUAUAAAACCUCUUCAAUCAGCUAUUGAUAAUAUUAGAAAAAAUAUUUGUUCGAGUGUGAAUGAUUUUCAUUUUAAUAAAACACGUGUUCGUCCUAUGAAUAAUAUGAAUAUAAUUCCACAAGAUUCUCAAACAAUACUUUAUUGGAUGUCACGUGAUCAACGUGUUCAAGAUAAUUGGGCAAUGCUCUAUGCUCAAAGACUUGCACUGAAACAACAACUUCCAUUACACGUUGCUUUUUGUUUAGUACCAACAUUUUUAGCUGCACCAUUACGUGCAUAUCGUUUUAUGCUUAAAGGUUUACGAGAAGUUGAAAGAGAAUGUCAACAAUUAAAUAUUGCAUUUCAUUUAUUAACUGGACAAGCAGAAAAUGUUUUACCGAAAUUUAUUGACAAAUAUAAAGUUGGAACAAUUAUUACUGAUUUUUCACCUUUACGUGUACCACGUCAAUGGGUUGAUAAUGUUGCGAAAAAAAUUACAACAAUUCCUAUUAUACAAGUUGAUGCACAUAAUGUUGUACCUUGUUGGCAUGCAUCACCUAAACUUGAAUAUGCUGCACGUACAAUACGAAAUAAACUUCAUGUAAAUAUGACUGAAUUUUUUACUGAAUAUCCUCCAGUUAUUAAACAUCCACAUGUAUCACCUACUCAUUUACAAGCCAAACCGACUGAUUGGCAAGCAGCUGAUGAUAGUUUACAAGUUGAUCGUACUAUUGAUGAAGUAUCUUGGGCUACACCUGGUUAUACUGGUGGAAUAGAACAAUUAGAAACAUUUAUCGAUCAACGUGUAGCUAAUUUUGCUAUUGGACGUAAUGAUCCAAAUAAGUGUGUAAUAUCAAAUCUAUCUCCAUGGUUACAUUAUGGACAAAUAAGUCCACAACGCGCAUUACUUAUUAUGGCAAAAUUACGAUCAAAAUGUAAAGAAGCUUGUGAUUCAUUUAUUGAAGAAGCAUUUGUACGAAGAGAAUUAAGUGAUAACUUUUGUUAUUAUCAACCAAAUUAUGAUAAUAUUAAUGGAGCGUGGGAAUGGGCACAAAAAACUUUAAAUGAUCAUCGAAAUGAUAAACGUACUCAUAUAUAUAGCCGUGAUGAUUUAGAAUAUGCUCGAACAUAUGAUAAAUUAUGGAAUGCAUCAGAAAUUCAAAUGAUUAAAGAAGGUAAAAUGCAUGGAUUUUUACGUAUGUAUUGGGCAAAAAAAAUUCUUGAAUGGACAAAUACACCGGAAGAAGCUAUUGAAAUAGCUAUCUAUUUAAAUGAUAAAUAUAAUCUUGAUGGACGUGAUCCAAAUGGUUAUGUUGGAAUUAUGUGGAGCAUGUGUGGAGUUCAUGAUCAAGGUUGGAAAGAAAGACCAGUUUUUGGUAAAAUUCGUUAUAUGAAUUAUGAUGGUUGUAAACGAAAAUUUGAUGUUGCACAAUAUGAAAAACGAUAUUCAAGUUUAUAG